AUGCGGCGCUGUCCCGGUGUCUUUUGUGUGGCAGUGGCGGCACCGGAGGGAAGGGCGAGGCCCUGCAGCAGCAGCAGCAGCAGCAGCAGCAGAAAGAGCAGUACAAGCAAGAGGGGGAGCAGCAGCAGCAGGCACCAAACCACAGGGGACAGAGCUGUCCCGCUCACUCUGCUUGCGGCCCUGCUGCUGUGGGACAGGCAGAGACGGGAGCAGCAGCAGCAGCAGCAGCAGAAGCAGCAGCAGCAGCAGCAGCAAAGUGCUGCUUGCAACCCCGUCAGCUUCUACGGGGCGUAA